CAUUCAUGUGACUGAUUCACGUGGUUCCAGAAAUAAAUGAAAGAGGAGGACGCGCUCACAGUCGCAGACUUUAUUGACCACAGACGAACAGUUUGGAGAGGGGGAACCUGGAGCUGAAGAUUCAAGUCCAUACCAGCAGCUGACACACGAGCUACAGGCAAAAUGUGGCGUACAGCCUUCCUGUUAUUGGCUGCCAGCUUGGCUGUGAGCCUGGCCAGACCCCGCCUCAAACCACUGUCCAGUGAGAUGGUCAACUACAUCAAUAAGUUCAAUACUACCUGGAAGGCUGCUCAUAACUUCCAUGAUGUCGACUACAGUUAUGUACAGAGACUCUGUGGUACGAUGCUGAAGGGACCUAAACUGCCAGUCAUGGUUCAGUAUGCUGGAGACCUGAAGCUGCCUAAAGAGUUUGACUCCAGAGAGCAAUGGCCCAACUGUCCCACUCUGAAGGAGAUAAGAGACCAGGGUUCCUGUGGGUCCUGCUGGGCAUUUGGCGCCGCAGAGGCAAUCUCCGACCGUGUGUGUAUCCACAGCAAUGCCAAAGUCAACGUGGAGAUCUCCUCAGAGGAUCUGCUGACCUGCUGCGACAGCUGUGGCAUGGGAUGCAAUGGUGGCUAUCCUUCAGCUGCCUGGGACUUCUGGACCAAAGUCGGACUGGUGUCUGGAGGCCUCUAUGACUCCCACAUUGGUUGUCGACCCUACACCAUCCCCCCCUGUGAGCACCAUGUGAAUGGCAGCAGACCGUCCUGCAGUGGGGAGGGUGGAGACACACCCGAGUGCGUCUACAAGUGUGAGGCUGGAUACACACCCAGCUACAGAGAGGACAAGCACUUUGGUAAAACGUCUUACAGCGUGCUGUCGGACGAGGAGCAGAUUCAGUCUGAGAUAUACAAGAACGGCCCAGUAGAGGGAGCUUUCACCGUCUAUGAAGACUUUUUGCUAUACAAGUCUGGUGUGUAUCAGCAUGUCUCUGGGUCAGGUGUGGGAGGCCACGCCAUUAAGAUCCUGGGCUGGGGGGAGGAGGAUGGUGUUCCCUAUUGGCUUUGUGCCAACUCCUGGAACACUGACUGGGGUGAUAAUGGAUUCUUUAAAAUCCUCCGUGGAUCGGAUCACUGUGGGAUUGAGUCUGAGAUUGUGGCAGGGAUUCCCAAAUAAAGUUUAAGGUUUUGAGCUGCAGUGUCCAUACAUAGUCACUAGAGGGCAACACAAUCCACUUGCCUGGUCUGGAACGUGACAACUUUUAACUGCUUAUAGUCCUUAUAGUUAAAACCCACGGAUCACCUUGCGCACACGACAUGUGCAACAUUUUGGUUUUCUUUUGACAGCAGAAGACAGAAGAGAAGAAGCAGGAAAAAAAGAACAACCUUCACUUUAUUUAGGUGGAUUAGCAGAUCACAACUGUGUGCCUGACCACAGACCACCAUUGUUGAAUUUAAUUUUAUCUCAGGUGAUUUGAUCUGAACUUGUCCCCUUGUCACAUUUUUUUCUGCACUGGUGCAAAGUGUGGACCAUCUUAGAGCAAUGCAGCACAUCAUAGAAAGAAAUUAAAGGACUCUGCCUGAUGGAGCAGAGAAGGUCGUUUUUUUUAAUGAUCGCAGCUUUGAUAUUGAUUUUUUUUUUUAAUCCAACAUUAUUUCUCAGUGCCACAAAUACCACUCCAUAAUGUAAGGAUGUACUAUUGUAACUGGUGGCUUUAAGUGUUUUUAAACUUAGAGUAUCAGUAGAGAAAUUGAACUUUUUUAAAAAAUAUGGUUGAAAUUGAAUGUUUUUAUUUGCCUGUGUCAAUCAAAAUAUCAGCACAUAACUGCUAUGUUUUAAAUAAAAUAAAACAAUAUUUGAUUUCCA